AUGACAUCACGCGAAAAACCGCCGGCAUAUUAUUUCUAUUCUUCAAUACUUUUCAUGCUCCUAGUAUUUGUCUCAUUCUUCUUGCUGGACCACGUUUGCCCCUUCCCCGAAUCCGUGGUAUCAGGAGAUCCGUGGUGGAAGACUCAUCCUUUGAUUGUCAUCGUUACGGUUAUUGACAAUAACAACUUUUCUCAAGGCCCAAGGGGUCCAAGUGAGACGAUUAGCGGAUUUUCCUCAAAGAAAUUUUUUAACAUCACAAAGAAAGCAUUGGAGAAUAAAGAGAGAUAUGCCGAUUUUUAUGGAUACGAGGUUGCGGUCAAAGAUGUCAAGGAUUGGACGAGGUCGACGUCUUGGGCGAAAAUACCGGCUCUGUUAGAGGCAAUGGAUGAAUUUCCUUCUUCACAUUGGUUUUGGUUCAUGGAUUCAUAUCUCAUCGUGUCAAAUCCAGUUCAAAUUGCAAAUUACGUUUUGCAAAACGUAACUCGCGCAUCGCAGAUGUUGAUUGGAUAUGAUUGUCAUGGUCUUAAUGCAAAUUCGUUUUUCAUAAAGAAUACCGAGUGGUCGAGAAAUUUUCUGAACACCGUUCACAAGCGAGAACUUUUCGAAAGGUUUGAGGAGGAAGGGAUUGUCAUGCAGAUGUUGAUUGAUUACGAGGUCAUUGAGGCAGUUGAUAAAAUUCAUUUCGUUCCUUUCCGAUCAUUGAAUGCUCUACCCCUCGCACAUGAUUGUGGCAAAGAUGAAAGAUAUUUAUGGCACAAAGACGAUUUUGUUUUUAAUCUCUCGGGAUGCAACACAAAUGCUGAAUGCGAAAAGGUAAUUCGAGAGAUCGGCAUGUUUGAUUGA